GGGAAAGUCAGCAGUCAGCAGCGCAGUGGCGGGAACCGCAGCCCGGCGGCCCUGGAAGCUCCCAGGUGUUAGCAUCUUUCGUCUCUGUUCCGUGAAUGUUCCAGGUGAUUGCUGAAGAAUCCUUUUCUCCUACGCAGGCUCGCAUUGCUCACCCAGUCCUGCUCACCCGUGAAGCAGAACAAAAGCCCUGGAUGGUGAAGACAGGAGACAGUAGCAAAGGCCCCAGAAGAGUUCUGGUGUGUGUUACUGAGACAGAAACUCAGAGAAGAGCCACAGGAAGAAUGGAUGAUUCUCCUGUCAAUGCACCCCAGGGUCUGUUGACAUUCUGGGAUGUGGCUGUGGACCUGUCCCAGGAGGAGUGGGAAUGUCUGGACUCUGCUCAGAGGACCUUGUACGUGGAUGUGAUGCUGGAGAAUUACAGCAAUCUAGUCUUUGUAGACAAUCAUCACAUGUGUGUUGAAUAUAAGAAGGACCUUCACCAUGGUUCAAAGGAUAUUGUCCAUGAUUAUAUGAAUCUCCAAGAGAAGCCUUUUAAAUGUAUUGAGCUUAGCAAAGUUAUUCAUGAAUCUUUUGAAUGUAUACCUUAUGACAUAAGUGAUAUUGCAGAAAACUGCAAGAUUAGAUUUGGAAACCAAAGAGAUGCCUCUGUUGAAUUAUUAAACUCAACCCGACAAAGGAGUGGCAAUAUGGGAGAAGAAUCCUGCAAAUAUAAGGACUGUGUAAGCUCUUUAAGUUUCUGUUCCAUCAUUAGCCAAAAUCUAGGAAUCUGCACUGAAAAGGAAGAACACAAAAAUACAGAGGCUGAUGAGUCUUUUGACUAUAACCAGGAACUCACACUGAAAGGAAUUCACAGUGAAAAGAAAUCAGAGCAAUGCCAGAAGUGUGAAAAAUGCCUCAAGACAUACUCAAUCCUCAGUAGACAUAAAGGAUCUCAUAAAUGUACAGAGUGUAGUGAUUUCUUUCUGAAUUUAUUGCAAUCCAAAGUGCUUAACAACAUUCCUUAUGGAGAAAAAUCCUACAGUUGUACUGAAUGUAAUAAGUGCUUUUAUGAUUCAUCAGAGUUUAAAAGACAUUACAGAUUCCACACUGAAGAGAAAACUUACAAAUUUACUGACUGUUGCAAGUCCUCCAUUUAUUGCUCAGAUCUUGAAAAACAUCAGCAAAUUCAUAGAGGUGAGAAGUCUCAUGAAGUUAAGCAGUGUAGUAACUUCUGCACAUUGUCACACGUUGAAGAGCAUGAUAGUAGCCAUAGUGAAGAGAAAAUUGACAGAUUUAAUGAGUGUGAUAAAUCCCCUGCCACUGCCUCGGGUGGUAAAGCAAAUGAGAGGAUUCACACAGGAGACAAACCUUACAAAUGCAUUGAAUGUGGUAAAUCCUUUAUUCAGAAAGCUAAACUUAAAACACAUCAAAGAAUUCACACAGGGGAGAAACCUUACAAAUGUAGGGAGUGUGGCAAGUGCUUUACCCAGCAGACACACCUAAGAACCCAUCAGAAACUUCACACAGGUGAGAAGAAUUACAAAUGUGGUGAAUGUGACAAAUCCUUUUCCCAGAAAGACCAUCUUAGGAGGCAUCAGACAAUUCAUACUGGAGAGAGGCCUUAUAAAUGCACUGAAUGCGGGAAAGCCUUUGCCCGUACCACAUAUCUUAGGUUGCAUCAGAAUGUUCACACAGGCUUGAAGCCAUACAAAUGCGGAGAAUGUGGCAAAGGCUUUACUAGCAGCUCGUCUCUUCGGCUGCAUCAGAACAUCCAUACAGGUGAGAAGCCGUACAAAUGCAGUGAAUGUGACAAGUGCUUUACCAGUAGUUCGUACCUUAAGUUGCAUCAGAACAUUCAUAAAGGUGAGAGACCUUACAAGUGUAACGAAUGCGGCAAAGGCUUUAUUCAGAAACAGCAGCUGAGGAGACAUCUGACGAUUCACACAGGCGAGAAGCCUUACAAGUGUGGCGAGUGUGACAAGUCCUUUUCCGUUGGCUCAGAUCUUAGAAGCCAUCAGAGAAUUCAUGCCGAGGAGAAUCCUUACAAGUGCAGCGAGUGUAAGAAAUCCUUCAGCAGUUCUUCGUCUCUUCGAUUGCACCAGAAAUUUCACACUGGCGAGAGACCGUACAGGUGUAACGAAUGCGGCAAAGGCUUUCUCCAGAACCAACAGCUGAAGAGACAUCAGACGAUUCACACAGGCGAGAAGCCUUACAAGUGUGGCGAGUGUGACAAAUCCUUUUCCGUUGGCUCAGAUCUUAGAAGCCAUCAGAGAAUUCAUGCCGAGGAGAAUCCUUACAAGUGCAGCGAGUGUAAGAAGUCCUUCAGCAGUAGUUCAGCUCUCCGACUGCAUCAGAGAAUUCACACCGGGGAGAAACCUUUCCAAUGCAGUGAAUGCGACAAAUGCUUUAUUCAGAAACACCAACUUAGGAGACAUCAGACAAAUCACACAGGUGUGAAGCCUUAUAAGUGCAGCGAAUGUGACAAGUGCUUUACCAGCAGUUCGUCUCUCCAGUUGCAUCAGAACAUCCACACAGCCGAGAAACCGUACAGGUGUAACGAAUGCGGCAAAGGCUUUAACCAGAAACAGCAGCUGGUGAGACAUCUGACGAUUCACACAGGCGAGAAGCCUUACAAGUGUGGCGAGUGUGACAAAUCCUUUUCCGUUGGCUCAGAUCUUAGAAGCCAUCAGAAAAUUCAUGCCGAGGAGAAUCCUUACAAGUGCAGCGAGUGUCAGAAGUCCUUCACCAGCUCUUCAUCUCUUCGGUUGCAUCAGAGAAUUCACACAGGCGAGAAGCCCUUCAAAUGCAGCGAAUGUAAGAAGUCCUUUGCCAGUGGGUCAUACCUUAGAAUACAUCAGAAAUUCCAUACGGGAGAGAAGCCAUACCAAUGCAGUGAGUGUCAGAAGUCUUUCACCACUGGUUCGUAUCUUAGAUUGCAUCAGAAAAUCCAUAGAGGUGAGAAACCUUUCAAAUGCAGUGAGUGUGGCAUAUCCUUUGUUAAGAAACAACAUCUAAAGAUACAUCAUAAGAUUCACAUCCGGGAGAAAACUUAUGAGUGCAGUGAAUGUGGCAAAUACUUUGGUCUGAAAUUCAAACUUAGAGAACACCAGAGGAUUCACACAGGAGAGAAACCUACAAGUGUAAUGAAUGUGGCAAAUCCUCUGUAUGGAAAUGCAGACUUCCAACCCCUCAGUGAGUUCAUACAGGAGAGAAACCCUACGGAUGCAAUAAAUGUGACAAAUCUUUUACCAGUGGGUCAUAUCUUAGAGUACAUCUGAUAAUUCGUGCAGAGAGAAACCUUACAAACGUGGUGCCUGUGAGAAAUGCUUGCCAGGGGCUCAUACCUUAGAUUGCAUCAGAAAUUUCAUGCAGGAGAGAAACCUUACAAAUGUUGUGAAUGUGCUAAAUCCUUUACCACUUACUCAUAUCUUAAGACUGCAUCAGAAAAUUUAUAGAGGUGAGAUGCUUUACAAAUGUAUUGCAUGUGGCAAAGACUUUACCUCACUCGUAUCUAAUAAAAUAUCAAAAAAUACAUACCGUGGAGAAACGUAAAUAAUGUGGCAUGUUCUUUAUGCAAGCUAUGUCCUUAGGGACCACUGGAGGCUCCAUACUAGAGAAUCAUUGUGAACAUAAAAAGCAUGGGAACCCUUUAAGCAAUGUUCAAAUCUUAGAAAAUAUCAAACUUUCAUACCGAGGAAAAAUUCUUGUGAAAAUGUAGAAAAAAAUUUCUUUAAGACAUAACUUAUUCAACUUCAAAUAUUUAACAUUGAAUACAAAAUGGAGAAACCUGAUGAAGAUGCUGUUGUGUAGGCAUUUCCUGGAGACCAAGACAUUCCAUCCUAGGGAAUCUGAUUAGGACAGGAAAUAAACCACUCAAUAGCAUCAAGAAGUACUUGAAUUUGACAGGAUUCACUGUGUUUAACUCCCGUGAAGAAAUACACCAGUCAUGCUAUUUAGGUGAAGCUCCGACGAAGUGAGCUACGAAGAUAGGGCAUCCUUUACCCUGUGGGUAUGCCUGCAGGUGUGCAGUGUCUUCCAGAUGUCCAGUGUUUGCAAUCUACAUCCCAUGCUGGCAAGUAUCUUUGAAUCCCUUUUGACCCUAUAAAUGGCUCCUCGGUAAACAUAUUUUCCUAAGAAGCUCUUGUAUCUUAAAUUAUCACUUUUAAUCUACAUGCUACUAUAUGGCUUUUGUCUUUCUUUUGUUCUGUACCUCCAAAUUGUUCUGCAUCUUGCUGGCAUCUCUCCGUUUGUAGAUUCAUCUUUUCUUUUCCCAGAAGUCCCACCUAUUCUCCUUGAUUAGCUAUUGGCCAUUUAGCUUUUUCUUUUUCCUUCGGUUUUUCGAGACAGGGUUUCUCUAUGUAGCUUUGAGCCUAUUUUGGCACUCGCUCUGGAGACCUGGCUGGCCUCAAACUCACAGAGAUCCGCCUGCCUCUGCCUCCCGAGUGCUGGGAUUAAAGGCGUGCGCCACCAACACCCGGCCUGGCCAUUUAGCUUCUUAUUAAACUAGUCACAGUGCCACAUCUUUGCACAAUGUAAUUAAUUAUUCCACAACACUCUUCCAUAUUCCUGUAAUUAAUCCCAAUAAAGCUCAUGGGUUCAGCAACAUGGAUUUCAGUGGCUUUCAUAUUUGGUUCUGUUGUUAGUUUCCAUUUGGGUGCCUACAUACAUAGGUAUUUUGCAUUUUCAGGGGCGGGGGGAACUAAUGGAAUGUGCUGACCCUAUUUGUUGUUCCUCCAAAUUGCAUGUACAGCAGAAAAAUUAUAUUGGAGAAAGAAUUUGAGUCUACUAAUUUGUGGAAGAUUGUUGGUUGAGACUGCUUCAGGCUUACUGGCAUAGUAGUAGCUGUUCUGCUUAAAGGAGCUCAACACAGAACAUGUAGGCUUAGGGAGCCUCAGAGAGGAGGCUGCUUUCUUUGUUGCAUUGAGGGAGGAGAGAGACAGCAAGUCUGUAGGAGGGCAAAUGAAAACAUGCCUACAAAACUGUCUGAGGCAUUCCAAAGUGUGCUCUGUCUAUCCAUGCCUCUAAAUUCUUAGACCCUAUGCUUCGGUAAUGCUUCAUUGAACCUCAGAACACUGGUGGCCAUGGGCAAAUACUGAAUACCAUUGUAUCCCUGUUUCCUGUUUUACAUUAGAAAUUCCAGUCUACAAGCCCCUCCCUUCUUUUUGUUAAAGCCUUUCAACAACUGUAGUAUUUUUGGAAAUACCAGAAUAAUUCAUCAUGAAAUACAUCUCAAGAAAAUGCUUCAAUAAAGACUUAUUUUCAUUUCA